AGACUUAUUUACUUUUAAAUGUAAUUUUGUUUUAGGUCCAAAGAAAGUGUUGAACAAGGAGGUGUCAUGGAAACGUCUAUUCCUCCACCUCCACCUCCACCUCCUCCUCCUCCAUCUGUAGUUCAUAUUAGCCCCACAGAGGAUAAGAAGAAAAUACAUGGAGACUUAGAAAGUUCUGCACUUGAGGUUAAACAGACAAUUGAAAGGUUGCCCUCAUGGAGACUUCAGAGUGCAGAUGAAGGAAUAGCAAGAUGGCUAAUUUGUAAUCAAAAGAUAAAGUACAUUGGUCAGCAAGGGACUACCUGUGGCCUAGUAGCAUUAUCAAUGGCUGCCAGUAUGCUGAAUUCAUCAGAAAAGAGUCUAGAUGUAGUCUUAAAUGCAGCAAGAGAGAAGGGGUACACACUCCAGGGAGAAAUGUUUUCAGCAUCUAAUACCUUAAAGUUUGCAGAAGAAGAAUUCAACCUCACAGGUCAACUGCUCAGUGGCGGUCUUCAACUUCAUAAGCAUGAUGUCAUUAGUCAUCUAGCAAAGGGAUUGCCAGCAUUGGUGCCAUAUGAUAAAGAUUCUAACAAUGAACCUACUACUAGGAAAGGACAUAGUGCACAUUGGGCAGUUCUAACAGGCUUUGUGUUGGUACUACCUGAAGAUGUAAAUGUUCCACCUUGUUGUCAUGGUGACAACAUCUCAUCCAAUAUCACCUACACACCUCCUCCUUGGUCAGAUGAUAUGAUGGCCAUCCUCCCACAUCUCAUCAGUAGAGCAUCAUUGGUCUUUGUGUUUGCUAGACAGGGUAAAAGUCGUCUUCUUGGAGCUUGGCAGUAUGACAUCCUAGCAAGAAGCAAUAGGAAUUUAAUAGAGUACGACCCCACCUUAGAAGGAGAGUAUGUCUUUCAUGAGGAAGGAUUGGCAGCUGGCUUAGCAGACAAAGCCAUCUUGUUAAAUGAUGGCACUAAUUUAUGAAGCGCUUAAUGCUUUUAAGUGCUGCAUACUGUUAACCUGGUUUUAUCACUGCUAAAAAAGAAUGCCUUUGGAUGUCUUAUAAUGCGACAGGAUCAUGAUGGAGCUUGCAGUAAAGCCUCUGAAUGUGUGUGACUGAGUAUUGUUGCAGGUGAAUCAUACUAAGUUAUGAAAUAAUUUGCAAUCUCACUCCAACUCAUUUUUGUUUUUUGGGGGGGAUGAUGAAUAAAGUAUGAAAAAUAGGUCAUAUUGAGUUAUUUAGGGGUAAAGAAAACUCAUCACAAGGACAGACAUGGUUAAAGGAAGUUUUUUCUCGCACAAUAAUCUGUUGUCUCACACAAGAAUUACUAGGUGCUCAGGGCAGUGUGAACUCUGCACUUGCUCUUUUUAUUCUAUGGAAUAAGUUAUCAAUCAUAUAGUCCUGUGGCAAGAACUCAUCAUGGACAAUACCUCCUUUAUCAAGAAUGUGAUAAAUAAAUUGGGAAUUUCACUGACAAAAGGAUAAGUGAGUGUUUGUUUCUCCACAAACAGUACAUUUUCACAAUUCCUUUAGCAGACAAAGUUUCACGGUUGAACAUUCAUGGCCUUGCUGGAAAUGUUUCAAGUGACCCUGCUCAUGUUGAAUUGUUUUCCUAUGGACGAAAAUAGGCCAUCAUUUCAUGCAACUUGACAGCACUGUCAUUUAAAAAAAAAAACUUUACCAUUGUAACAUUCAAUGAACAGUGUUACAGAAAAAAAACUGUUAGAGCCAAUAGUUACAUCAGUGCCUUCAUUUUUCAUGAAACUGUUCUUUGAAACCAUGAAAGGUUCAGUUUAAAAGCACUGAGUAUUGAAUUAAAUUGUUACAAAAUCAAUUCUCUCUUCCAUUCACCAAAGAGUGCCUCCUAAAACAGAUAUUGAAUUUACCUCAGAACAUAUACUGGGGUAUGUAAUUUAUUCUUUGAGAAAUAUUAAACUGAUUAUUGAUAUUUUAGAUUUAAAUUGCAGUUGCUUUCUGAUUUAGAAUCGUAAAAUAGCCUUUAAAACGGACAUACUGAAGCCCCUUUGAUAUGCACUCAUCAGAGUCAAAUCGCAUGAAUGACUAUAACGCUAGAGCAAAACAUAUAAUAGAAUUGAAACUAGACAAUGGACGCUAAACAGCGAGCCAUGAUUGGAUGUCAUGGUAAACAAGUUAGGCUUAGUACCAGCCGUAAAUUGAAGCAAAGCAACUUAAAUAAUGCAAGGGUUCUUACGAACUCCUGGCGCAAAUGAAUGAAACUCCUUGCUCGACUGUAAACCUUAAACCAAGAUGAACAGUAUUGUUCAGCGCAUGCUUGGUUGCUCAGCAAGUGGUUAGCAAUAGCCGAACUACUACCACCAUCCGUCGCAGUACUAGUGGUACUUUUUCUGCAUGCGCGCGGAGGUUGUGAAUGCGCUCUAAUUCGACAGUUUCGGAUAGAGGUGGACACAUGUUGGUUAAUACGAUCUGCUGAACGUUGGGUUGUUCAGUUCUAUUAUAUAUUGUUUUGCUCUAGCGUUUUAGUCAUUCAUGUGAUUUUACUCUGAUGAGCGCAUGUCAAAAAGCUUCAGUAUGUCAAUUUAGAAGACUUUUUUACGAUUUUGCAGUAUCAAACACUUAUAGAUUAUACAUCCCUCAAUAAUUGGAGGCAUUGCUGAAAGAUUGAUCUAGGCCAAUCCUGUGAGUUUUUUUUUUAAGUGUUUAAAUCUUGUUGGCUUUUUGUGCAAUAUUUGAAUUGCAACAAGUUCAUGUGUUUGGAUGUUGUUUGCUUAUUUAUUUUGAAAAUUUAUUGCCUUACUGGUAUUUAAAAAACAUUUUAUAUCAUCUUUUAUAACAUUAUGUUAUGAGAAGUAUGGUAUGUAAAACAUUUUUAAGCUAUUCAUAUGCACAGAUGAGGCUCUAACAUGUUUAGGUCAUGAUAUAGAUAUAUAUAGCCUCUAUGCUUCUUUAAGCAGAUUGACUCUACAGUGAAAUGGCCAUGUUUUUCUGCUUUAAUGCAAGUAGAGAAGAAAAAUCAUAUCUUCUCCAAAUGGUUAUAGCUGCAAGAAUAAGAAAAAUAUAUCAUGGAGAAGUAAAUUUGAUUGCUUGAAAGCUUAAAACUUUUGGGUAACUUUACCUUUGUUAUUGUACGAUUUCAUUAGGAUGGUGUACAACUCGGCCUGUGAGCCUUUUAUCAAUAUAACUCAAUAUGUCAGUACUCAAUGAAUAUGAUAUGCAUGGAAAUACCUCUUGCAAUUUUGAUUAAAUGAAUUAUAUUAUUGAAAGGAA